AUGGCACGAAAGAGGGAUAAGAUCAAAAAGGGUUUCUCACCACCACCCGCCGAACCGGCUCCCGCAACGGGCCAAGAUGAUGGAUUAGAGGAUGAUCUAUUCGCUCAACUUGACGCGCGGGAUGCGGAAACUCGGAAAGAGGCAGCGGAAGUACUCCAAAGUGUCGAGAGUGCCAAAGCGACUGAUGCAGCAGAGAAAUCCAAGAAGGAUAGCAAGAGUCGAUUCCAGGCAAGAGUGACUAGGAAAGCUGAGCAGCGAGCGGCCGAACUUCCCGCUGUGGAUGAGGCUUCCAAAGCGCAGAUGGAGCGCGAGAUAAAGGAGGAGAGGAAGCAAUAA